AUGAAUGUUGCACGAAAGUUUCACACAGCAUCUAUAUUAACAAAUGGAAAAGUAUUAGUUAUUGGUGGAUAUAAUGGUGUUUCUCUACAUAGUACUGAGUUGUAUGAUCCAUCAACAGGGAUCUGGACAACUACUACUAGCAUGAAUCUUGAACGACAGCAACACACUGCAUCUGUAGUCACAAAUGGCGAUGUUCUAGUUGCUGGAGGAAAUAGCAAUGGUCGUUUCACACUUUCUGCUGAAUUGUAUAAUCCCGCAGCAGAUAGUUGGACACGUACGAAAAGCAUGGAUCAGCCACGAGGUGCUCACACAGCAACUAUAUUAAUAGAUGGAAGAGUGUUAAUUAAUGGUGGAGACGAUGGUUAUGGUUUUCUUAACACCGCUGAAUUAUAUAAUCCAUCAACAGGAAUCUGGACACGUACAGGAAACAUGAAUUAUAAUCGUGUUAAUCAUGCAACAUCUUUAUUAACAGAUGGAAAAGUGUUAGUUGCGGGUGGAUAUAAUGGUGGUUAUCUAAAUAGUGCUGAAUUAUAUGAUCCAUCAACCGGUAAUUGGACACAUACAGGUAGCAUGAGUGCUACACGACAAGAUAGUACACUAUCUACAUUAAUGAAUGGAAAAGUGUUAGUUGCUGGUGGAUCUGACGGUGGUUACCUAAAAAGUGCUGAAUUAUAUGAUCCAUCAACGGGUAAUUGGACAACUACAGGUAGCAUGAAUUUCGCACGAGCAUGUCAUACAGCAUCAUUAUUGUCCAACGGAAAAGUAUUAGUUACUGGUGGAUCUAAUGGUGUUUAUAUAAAUAAUACUGAAUUAUAUGAUCCAUCAACAGGAAUUUGGACAAAUACUACUAACAUGAAUAUUGCACGACGACAUCACACAGCAUCUGUAUUCACAAAUGGAACGGUGUUUGUUGUUGGUGGUGAGGAUGGUAAUAAUAUGUACCUGAAUAAUGCAGAAUGGUAUCCAUUGCCAUAA